GUUUCGUCACCUCCGGACUUCCCUUUCCGGUUCCUUCUGUCAAACAUGGCGCCGAUCCGUCAUAAGAAGCAGCCUGUCACCAAGAAGAGCAAAAAGGGACCUGGGUGGAAAUUCACCCUGGACCUGACCCAUCCUGUGGAGGAUGGCAUCCUGGACUCGGCCAACUUUGAGAUAUUCCUUAAAGAGAGGAUCAAGGUCAACGGGAAGACGGGCAAUCUGGCCAACAUCGUGUCGGUCGGCCGCAUAAAGAACAAAAUCAACAUCACGUCAGAGAAGCAGUUUUCCAAAAGGUAUCUAAAAUACCUGACAAAGAAGUACCUGAAGAAGAACAACCUCCGUGAUUGGUUGAGAGUGGUGGCGUCUGACAAGGAGACGUACGAGUUGCGCUACUUCCAGAUUAGCCAGGAUGAUGAAGAGUCCGAUGCAGACGAGUAGACUGUUAUUCCUUUUUGUUGUGUGGAAAAUUACACAAUAAAUUUUGAGUAAAGAAA